AUGGGGGAGAAGCGAAGUCUCGAAGACUCGGGUCGGGACGCGUCUGACUCGAAGGUUUUGAAGGCGUCGAGCGAUGUCGCGGCGACAGGGGAGAAGAAGAAAGAGCUCCCUCCGUUCUUGAAAGCGAAGCUUCGCGCGCGGGGAAUUAACGUCGACGGCGACACCGCGAACGACAGCGGAGAAGCGACGACCACAGCCGCGGGAGCGGGAGCUUCCUCGACCGAAGAUCCCCUCCCCGAAGGCUGGGCUGAGGCGAUCGAUAAGACGUACGGAACGAAGUAUUACUACAACGCGAAGCUUGGGCAGAGCUCGUGGACGCGACCGCGAGCCUCGGUUGCGCCCGCGGCGGUGAGCGUGACCGCGCCGUCGUCUACGCUCCCCCCGGGUUGGAAAGAAGCCGUGGAUCCGAAGACCGGAAGAACGUACUACUGUAACCCGUUCACGUCCUCGACCAGCUGGGAGAAACCGAUAGACGCGGCGGCGAUCGCGAAGAUGAAACGAUGCAAGGGGUGUGGAGGUUUCGGCAGGGGGCUCGUUAAAGCGCACGGAUUUUGUCUGCACUGCAGCAGAAUCCUGAACAAGCCAGUCGAAGGACUCGCCGCGACGACGCGAGUUCCGAUGAAAAGUCCAGGGGCGCAACACGUCGUGCCUGAACAAAGAGCGAGCGCCGUGGUCAUAUCUCGGGGACCGGAAAAGGUUGUGGCACACGCGGUGGCACGUGCUGGAAUAGGCCCGACUCCACAUCCAAGGGUUGUUCCCGUGGCGAGCACGAGCGACCCGGAGCCAGACACCGCGAACGUCCGUUCUAGACCGCCGCCGAUGGGAAAACCAAGACGCGCUGCCCCGGCGGGGAUCGAUCCCAUGGAUCCGUCCUCGUACUCUGAUGCGCCCGUUGGAGGAUGGGGGUCGGGUCUGCCCCAGCCCGGGCAGCCGAGAGCUGGUGGGGAUAACACCGCCCUUCCCGCGCCAGGUGCGGUCUUGCGACAGAAUAAGAAGGCAGAAGAAGCGAAGAAAACACCGUUCAUCGCGGGCAAGGACGGCUUGGGGGAAAACGACAUGUAG